GCAUUACAGAGGGUUGGUGAGGACUCAGUGGGCUGAAUGGCCUGCCUCCAAACUGUAGGGGUUUGAUGAUUCACGGGUCCUGCUUUCCCCGUGCGUUCCGACAUGACCCUCCUGUUCUCUGCGUGUUGCCUGGGUCUUCCCCGCGGUUCCCCGGCCUGAUUCCUGUUAUACCCCGUGGGUCCUCCUGCGUUGCGCGCGUGUGUUCCCCCGUUUUCUUCCCUGAGCGAUCCCGGCGCGCACAUGCGUGCGCACGUUCUCCGUUACGCUCACCGUGCUGUGGUUGCUGUGCUGUCGCAGACCCUCCUUCGAGUGGAAGAGGCAAAUCACCCAGCGGAACAAUGUCACCCAGAAACGCAGGAAGAUGUCCCUCCUGUUCGAUCACCUCGGGCCACUGGAGCUGGCCGAGCACCUCACCUACCUGGAGUACAAAUCCUUUUGCCGCAUCCUGUUCCGCGACUACCACAGCUUUGCGAAACAUGGCUGCACAAAGGACAACCCGAUUCUGGAGCGAUUCAUCAGUCUGUUCAACAGUGUGUCCCAGUGGGUGCAGAUGAUGGUACUGAGCAUGCACACCCCCCAACAGAGGGCAGAGGUCAUCACCAAAUUCGUCCACGUCGCCCAGAGACUGCUGCAGUUACAGAACUAUAACACCCUCAUGGCUGUGAUUGGAGGGUUGAGUCACAGCGCUAUUUCCCGCCUGAAGGAAACAUAUCAUUACGUCAGUCCUGAUGUCAUCAAGAUUUCCGACAGUCUGACGGAGCUGGUGACGACCUGUGGGAACUACAGUAACUACCGCAAGUGCUUCGCUGAGUCCUCGGGUUUCAAGUUCCCCAUUCUGGGCGUGCACCUCAAGGACUUGCUGGCCGUCCACCUGGCCCUCCCGGAUUGGCUGGAGGAGGGCCGCCUCAAUGUGGUGAAGAUGCAGCAGCUGUACACCAUCCUCAAUGACCUCAUCCGCAUCCAGUCCACCUCGCCCCCCAUCGAGCCCAGCAUGGACCUGGUCAACCUGCUGACG